GCCGUCCUCAAAUGUCACCGCGUUCGCAGAAGGGACGUGAAAACGACGGGGGCAGGUUGCCGCCGGGAUGGCGACAGAUUGGACCGCCGGCGUGAAAACUUGGUCGUUUGCAACCUCUCGUUGUUGGUUUCUCCGGAGAGUUUGAAGCAAGCAUGGCAGCCGCAGAGUACGCCAAAGCGAGGAGUUUGUUGGCAGCGCUGACGCUGUUGGCCCUGCUGAGCCACAGCGAUGGCAUCGCCGAGGGUCAGGAAACCGCCCGCCUGGCCCCGGACCCGAGGGCCGCCGGGCAGCACCGGCGCCUGAAGAGGGGCUGGAUCUGGAAGCAGCUGUUUGUCCCGGAGGAAGACCCGAUUCUUCGCGUGAUCGGCCAGCUCAAAUCCGACUCUGAUCGCGGGGAGUUGGGCAUCCAGUACAUCCUGUCGGGGGAAGGCGCCGGCGACGCGUUCGAGAUCGACGAGUACUCCGGCGAAAUCCGGACGCUGAAGAAGCUGGACCGCGAGGAGAAGGCCUUCUACGUGCUCCAAGCGCAGGCCAUCAACCGGCGCUCGCGGGAGCCGGAGGAGCCCCAGUCGGAGUUCAUCAUCAAGGUGCAGGACAUCAACGACAACGCGCCGCAGUUCCCCGACGAGCCGUACGUGGCCAGCGUCCCCGAGAUGUGCCCGACUGGCACCACCGUGGCCCAGGUGACGGCCACGGACGCCGACGACCCCACGUUUGGCAACAACGCCAAGCUCCUCUACUCCAUCCUGCAGGGGGAGCCCUACUUCUCUGUGGAGCCAAAGACAGGGAUCGUCGUGACCUCCUGGCCCGACCUGGACCGCGAGGCCAAAGAGCAGUACCUGGUCGUGGUGCAGGUGAAGGACAUGCUGGGCCUGAGCGGCGGCCACUCGGCCUCCGCCACCGUCACCGUCAGUCUGGAUGACAUCAACGACAACGGGCCCAUCUUCCAGCAUCAUUUAUACACCUUCGCCGUUCCCGAAGACGCGGCGCCGGGCACCACCGUGGGCCGGGUCAAGGCGGAGGACGCCGACACGGGCGUCAACGCCAGGAUGAACUACAGCCUGCGGGUCGACCCGGAAGAGGACGCCACGUUCACCGUCCGGACCGACCCGCUGACCCAGGAGGGAGUCAUUCUGCUGGCCAAGCCGUUGGACUACGAGAGCAAGCGACGCUACGUGGUUGUGGCGGAGGCCGUCAACGAGGAAGUGGACCCUCGCUUCCUGCCCCGGGAGGAGUUCUCGGACCGGACCACUGUGAAGAUCAUGGUGGGCGACGUGGACGAGCCGCCCGUCUUCCUCUCGCCGGCCUACGAGUGGAAGGUGGCGGAGAACGCGGCGGCGGGGAUUGCGGUCGGUGCGGUCAGCGCCCGGGACACCGACGCCGCCGCCGACGGCGUCAGAUAUUCUUUUGACAAACAAAGCGACGCCGCGAAGGCUUUCAGGAUCGACCCGCUUAACGGAACCAUUACCACCGCCAAGGCCCUGGACCGGGAGACGUCCGCCUGGCACAACGUGACCGUCAUCGCCAGAGAAACCUCGCAGCAGCGUUUAUCCUCCUCGGCGGUGGCGUCCAUCAAGGUGCUGGACAUAAACGACAACGCGCCGCAGCUGGCUGGCCGUUACCAGCCGUAUAUCUGCGAGGGGGCGCGGGCGGGAGAGCUCAUUCAGCUGCUCAGCGCCACCGAUCCGGACGAGCCUUCGGAGGGUCACCACUUCUAUUUCUCCAUGGUCCCCGACGAGCACAUCAAUCCCAACUUCACCGUUCGGGAUAACCAAGACAACACGGCGGGCGUCGUGGCACGCAGGAGCACUUUCACCCGCAAGGACCGGAGCCGCUACCUCCUGCCCGUGGUGGUGACGGACAGCGGCUCGCCCGCGUUGUCCAGCACGGCCACGCUGACCAUCAGCGUGUGCGCCUGCCGGCCCGCCGGACGCUGCCCCUCCGGGGGGGCGGAGGCCCUGGCCCUGUCCAUGGGGGUCAGCCUUCAGACCUUCGUCGCGCUUCUGGUGUGCCUGGUCUCGGCCGCGGCCUCGUCGGCGCUCGCGCUGCUGCUGUGGCGACGCAAGCACCAGCAAAAGGAGGCGAGCGAGCCGGAGCUGCCCGACACCGCGCCGCAGAAAGUGCCGUACUACACCGAGGCGGGCCCGGCCCGAGACCCGCCCGCGCCCGCCCUGCUGCGCCCGCACCCCAGGAGACUCGAGAGGAGGCUGGCGCGGGAGGAGCUGCGGGCCAGCAUCCGCAUGUCCCUGCGAGAGGGGCCCGAGGACGACGUCUUCAGGCAGUUCAUCCUGGACCGGCUGGAGGAGGCGGACGAGGACCCCGACGCGCCGCCCUUCGACCGCCUGACGACGUACGCGUACGAGGGCUCGGGAUCCUCGGCCGGGUCGCUCAGUUCGCUGGAGUCGUGCCACCGCGAGAAGCCGGCCGGCGUUCCCGGAUCUCAGUGGGCCAGGCUGGCGCCGUGGCACGGCGCCGGGGACGACGACACCGUCUUCUGACGGCCCAGAUAUCAGGUGUGACGAAAAAGCGGCCGGGACUGCCAACAUUUCAGCACUAGUUUGCUCUAAAAUAGUUCGACCCGUCUCACUUCUGGGCUUCCCUUUCGGACUUUGGUGCUGCUCCCCACUUUCCACUGUGCUUCUUUUUCAGGCUUUCCUCCCAAAACCUCGCUGUGAAACUUUUGAACGCUCUUGUUGUGAGAUUUUUGUUGCAUGCUGCACAUCAAGAUUUGUUACGCUCUGCGUCUUUUUCAGGCUUUUAUCUAUUAGGACAAUUUUGUAAGCGACUUUUUCCUUUUCCUGCUGUCACACUCGAGAGAGACAAAGUGUGACGAGCGAACAUCGCUGCUGCUACCUCGAGCAUCUUCGAGCUAAGCUAGCUUGCAAAGCUUUACCAAAACGAGUAUUUGAAAUGAUUGAUGUAAAAAUGUAACCCCAAAGAACAUUUCUUUCAUAUGCUAUUUUAUGCUUUGAUAAGUUGCAUAUUUAUCUUGUUUUCUCCCCAUGUAAAGGACAUUGUUACUGUUACUGUAAAUUUUCAUCACAUGAUCCGAUUUACAAUCGAAUAUUAUAUACGGCAGGUGCGAACGCUCGUCAUGAUUCAGGUUGGAGCGAGUGCGUGUUUUUCCAAAAUAAAUAUAUCCGGCGAAUGGCUUAAGCACGCGCCAGUGAUAAAUACGCGUCAGGCGGCAUUAUAUUAAGCCUGCCGGGUGAGUCAGCCAAUCGGGACGCGUUUUACGGGAGGAAAAGUUCCUCAUUUGAAAUGUACCAAAGCAAAAAAAAAAAAAAAAACGUGCAUAACGAUGAGCGUGAGCAGCGUGGGCGAUUGCGUGUCCCCCCCCGCUGGCUAAUUGGGCCGAAUGUUCUGCCCGACGUAGCAAAUGCGAAGAAAGACGUCGAUCUUGUUCCCUUUGCCGGAGCCUUUUGUGGUCGUAAGUGCUCGAUUCACCUGGUCCGCGCUGCCAACGCCGCGGCAUCUGCGGGGGUCUCUUUUUCUUUUUUUUCUUCCAGGCCGCUUGGCCUUUUCCCCUCAACGAUUGUUCAAAGCCCCCUCCCUCCCCCCCAGAAGACUGAAGAGAGACCUCUCGAGGCUCGCCGGCGACCCGCACAAAGGGUAUUGAUUUCGUCCGUGUCGCUCCCCUCGAAGUUCUCUCUCAAUGGCGUUCAAAAGUCGCCGGGCUCCUUUUGUCGUUUAAAAGCCGGGGGCCCGCGGCCGACUCCAACACGCCGGCCCCUUUUCUUUGCGUAAUUAUGUCCAUUCCGCAGCUUGCACCUUGGCACAAAGAUCCGAGCGAUUCGUUUGAAGACGGACAAAUUACCUUUUCGCCCGCCGUUCGACCUGAAAUUAGAUUACAAAAACCAAAAAAAUUAAAUAUUUAAAAAUGGCUUUAUUUAUUUCGUGUGCACUGAGGCAGUUCUUGGGGGAAAAAAAAAAAUACUAAUAAUAAUCGAGUAAACUGAUUUUAGACUCAUCAGUGUUUGAUGAAUCAAAGAAGAUCUUGAAAAAGUAAGACGAAUAGUCCGGAGAACUGUGAAAGAUUAAUGAUAAAGUGCGAUCAAUCAUACAUAUAGUAUAUGCACAUACAUAAGACGUUGAUAGCAGAUGCUGAUAUUAAAAACAAACCAACAAAAUGAAUUUCCCUUUUGAUUCCAAUUCUAUUUAUUAACAUCAGACAGAUAUUGAAUACAUUUUGGGAAGAUCUGCGGGUCGUCGUUUUCUACAGACAAUUGUUGUGAGGAUUCUCUCGUUGUAAACGCGCACGGAAAAACAAACGCUACGUCAGGAUUAAACAAUUCCAAAGAUGCCCGACAGCAUUUUAACCCGCUUAAUAAAGUUUACAGAAGACGAUGAUGUUUUGUUUUUGGUUUUUUUUUUUGUGACUUGACGGGAAAAGCUCGACGCGAACUGGAGCCAAAGUCGACCUGAGUGGGAGCGGACGGCGAGCUUCAAUCGCGCAUCGAUCCUUUAAGUUCUCCGACCACGCCGUGGUCACGUGACCGCAGGCAAGACGCGCAGUCGCGGGAAUCAAUACGAGAGCAUCGCUCACGAUAGCGGCAGCAAAAAAUGUCCCGCGAGAUCUCCCGGUAAAGGUUUCGUUCGAUUAGAUGCGAGGACAGGUGAGGACGGCUGCCUUUGGGUUUAGCUGCAGGGUCGCGAGCGUCGAGACGGCGCCUGAGCCGCCCCGCCCCAGCCCCAUCUCAGCACAACAUAUCGGAUGCCCUCCUCAUCUUUGGCCCGGUCACUCCCACGUUCCUCAAGAAAUUGUUCAAAAAAAAUCAGAUUCCCAUCCAAACGCAGAACUUUUUAGAACGGCCAGAGCCGUCGGCUUGAAACUGGGGUCGCAUCAGUGUAGGUGAAGGUUGAGGUUGAGGUUGAGGUUGAGGCCGGGGUGGGUCAGAGCGAGUGGACAAAUGGAUUUGGUUCAAGCCAGAGCCAGUUUUUGGGGCAGUUCGCUCAAGGUCGGGCAAGGCAGAGGUUGGGGAUGGUUGUCAGGUUUGAAGGUUAGAAUUAAGGGGAAGGUUAAAAGGUGGAGUAUCAUCGGACUUGAAGUAGUUGUGAAAUCAGGAACAGGGUUAGAGCUGGUUUUGGGUAAGGUCGGAAGACUUUUUGGCUUUUAGAUGGGUCGGGACAAAGCAAGAGAGCCUGCGGUUCACGUGUCGGGUUAGUCAAAAGGACUGCUUUGGUCUGGUGAAGGGUUUUUGUGAAAGUUAGCUCACGGUUAGUUUAGUUAGUUGAAGAUGUUUGGGCUAACGCUCGGCGAUAAAGUUGGGGUUUAGUGGUUUAUGGUUUAGUACUACGAUUAAGGGGUCAAGUUUGUUGUUUUGGGAAGAAGCGGUUGGGCUUGCGGGCGUGACGACGUCUUCACCUUUGCCCGCCGAGCGGACGCCGUCAGCGCCAAAUGCGUCACCGCGUUACUCUCGCCGCGCGUGACAUCACGUCAUUGAAAAUCUCCGUCCGUCCGUCCGCCGUGCGCGUCAUCUUUCAUAAAGAAAAGACGUCAACUUUCUUUCUGCGAGUGAAACGACGAAUGACUUCCACGCACUUUUUCUCGCCUUCAUUUUCUCUUUCCUGAUUACGAGCGCAGGCGCGCUCUCGGAUGAUUGGUGAAGUCGUGUAACUUCAAUC